ACUUUGUUUUUAUUUUCCUUUUAGAUUGACUACCUUCAUCACACAAGGAGAGCUACUCGUAUGGGUGCAAAAGGGAAAGUGACGAGUUUGGUGGCAAAAAAGGACCUUUUGUUGGCUGAACGGAUUGAGGAAGCAAUAAGAAAGGAUGAGAGUUGGGAAUCUCUUACUGCUGUUAUUGUCCGGAGGGAUGUUGCAAGGGCUCGAAUGACUGAGCAGAAGGGGAAGAAUGCUAAAUUGAUCAAGGUGUCAAAUCAGAAGAGUAAAUCUUUGUCUAGCCAUACAUCAGGAAAGAAGUCAUCAUCUGCGAAAUCAGUAAAGGCAUCUUCUCCAGCAAAUCCUUCAAAAUCAAAAGUAAAAGCAUCUUCUCCUACAAAACCUUUGAAGGCAAAAGUUAAGCUGUCAAAACCACUGAAGUCUGAAAAAUCAUCUUCAGUUGGAAAGAACAGAAAGUCCAGUGCCUUCAAUUCUACAGCUGGAAAACUUAGUCUUGUUGGGUUUAGGGGACAGGCUGCUUCAUUGAGGCCUCCAUGAUCCUUCUCAAAUUUCUCAAUCAACUUGUAGAUAAAUGAUUCUCUCAAAAGUUAAAUGCUAAAUUUGGUCCCUCAACUUUAAGAAAUGCACAUUUUUGAUCCUUCAACAAUUUUUUGCACUUUUUUGAUCCCUCAACUACAAGAAAUGCACUCCGUUAGUCCUUCUGUCAAUUUAGACCGUUAUCUCCGCCACGUGGCAUUUUUUAUGUUUUUUUUUAUGACAUGGCAUAAACAACAUUAAAAAGUGCUGAUUUGGAAUUUUUUGGGUGAUGUGUUGGAUGCCAACUCAUAAAUUAAAUUUGUUUAGGAUUUAUAUUUUUAAAAUAUGCAUUUCUUUUUUUGGAUGACGUGUUCAACUCAUCUUUUCCCUUUCUAUUUUUUUUUUCUUCUUCCUUCCUCUUCUUUCCUCCUCUUCUUCCUCUUCUUCCUCUGCUGGAUCCCAUCU